AACAGAAACUCGUCCGCUUCCGACAAGCACCUCUUUCUUGUCUUUCUCAACAGAGCCGCCAAGGAUGUCACGGCGGUAGAGUUUAUUAAGUCCACUCUGCAGUGCACCAGCCUGCCCCCCUGGGAAAGCGUCACCGUCGAUCUAAAGUCCAAUAUUAUCGAAGCGACAUUUAGGCAAGCAGAGAAGCUUACCAGCCACCCCGAUGUUGUGCGCGUAACACCGGUUGAAGCAACAACUACCGAAGAAAAUAUACAACAUGACGAUGGUUCAACCAAGAAAAGCUACAUGGUAUGGCCUGUAAAUCGCCGAGACAAAGAUCAGUGUUGCGCUACCCAUGUUUCACUCAAAGAAAUCUUCAAUGAUCAGAUGCAACCACAGGACUUUGGAAGUUAUGGGGUCACGCUGUGGAAGGUCGAUUCAACAAGAGAACAGGUACCACUAGCUGAGAAGAUCGAGGGCGUCAGAUCUAUAGUACCGCUAGAUCAGUACCGUCUCAGAAAUUCAGCAGAACCUGUACAGAGGAAGUAUAGGAUGAUCAAGCCAGUGGGAAUUGACGAUCAAGAUCAGUGCAAAGAAACAGACACUGCUCUUAGGGACCUCUUUGGGGACUAUGUGACCCCAAAGUUGCUGCAAGAUGGCAGGAUAUGUCACUGGAGGGCAUUGCUGUCUUCAGAGGAGAUGCGUCAGGCCGAAGCCGUUGAAGGAGUGCGUUCAGUCCGCACUGCCACUUUAGGGAGGCGUGGCCCCGGUCCUGGGCCAUAUACGGCGAAUGUGUGCAACCAUAGGAGAUCGGCAUUGCUUAGCCUGCGCCUUACGGCCAGAAAUAGAUUCACUAGGGGUGCUGCUAGAUAUAAAAAGCCAAUACACCAUGAAGUCAUCCCCGGAGUGCAUUCGGUAUACAUAGCUCCUUUUGAAAGCCGUGCUCCAACUACCACGCUUCAUAUUUCACUAUACAUUUGCACGUUCUUCUGCUUUCUUGGUGAACUGGGUUCUCUGUCAGUACCAGAUACCGCUGACACAAAUAGUUCCCUUCACAGCAUUUCUAGCCGUGGCGGGUUGCUCUACACUCUGUUCCUCCGCCAAGACCCCAAUAGUAACAUGGAUGUUGAUUCUAUUAAGAAUACUCUCAGGAACAAUGAUCUCCCUCCCUGGGUAAAGAUCGAUGAGCAGAUAAUUUGUAAUACAAUAAGAGCCUCCCAUGAAGAAAUUCUGACCAUCCAACAACCAACUAAUAUUUCCCUUCGCCAACUGUUCGGAAACCAAAUUAGGUCCAAAGGGAUAGGCCAGGGGAGUAUAUAUAGGUGGAAGGCUGACUUAUCCAUGGACCAGGUGUCUCAAGCUAAGAGCCUUGAAGGUGUCGAGUCUGCGCAGCCUAGCUUUCACCAUUUUAACCGCAGAUACGUGCCAGGUUUAUACAUCAUUGGUCCAAUAGACCCCCAGAACCAGGAAGAGUGCAUCGCGACAAGCGCCUCUCUCGCAGCACUCGUUGGAGAUGAUAUUUGCAAUACGGACACAAGUUAUUCAAAUGGCACGAUAGAAAAUUGGAGCGCCGACUUGUCAAACGAACAAGUAUCGCAAGUUAAAGCUAUCCAUGGCGUGAAGAGCGUCCGGGCCGUCCACGUGGGAAGACGUUGCAGAAGCGGUACCAGAAAAAAGCUGAGCUAUUGA